UCAGGUUACUUCUCAUUGGGACUGUACACCCAAACAGAGCUACGCUAUGCCAUACACGCCGUGAGAAGACUGCAGAGGCCUCUACAGCAGCGCAGUUGGGGAUUUCGGUUGCAAAGACGUCGCGUUGUCUAUGCGUGAGAAAAGAGGAAGCUUCGGGGAGGAUGCGCUACGGAUCUAGACCUCCCAAUGACAAACGCCAGGCCAUCGCACCGCUACUGUCGCCAAGUUUCAGCCUUGUCGUGACUUACAGAUAGUGAGGCCUCUGCCCGCCUCGUCCAAAUCUCGAAGUCUCGUUCCUGCCGCCGACAAGAUGUCCGGCCGCCGUCAUGAUGACCGCAGGGAUGGCCCAAAGCAGCAGCUUCUCCAUACUGAAGCUAUGGAGCUACACGGAAACGACUCCGGCAUCUUCAGUGUCAAGACCCAAGAGCGGCAGAGCCAUCGCACCAGCUCUGCGUCCGUAGGUCUCUGGUGGUUUGAGGUGCUGGGCAUGGCGACAAGUGUCGCAGCUUUGCUGGCGAUAUUUGGCAUUCUUUUCGCCUACAGUGGCAAGCCCUUGUCAGACUGGAAGGCGAUUCUGCGACCAAAUACAGUGGUUGCCGUUUUGUCUACCCUGUCCAAAUCCGCAAUGCUCAUGGUCGUUGGUCAGUGCAUUGGCCAACUCAAAUGGGUCUACUUCGCACAACGCCCGCGUUCCCUUCGAAACAUCGAGAUCUUUGACGACGCAAGUAGAGGCCCUUUGGGGUCUGCGAAACUGCUCGUGCACAUCAACUGGACUGCUCUGCUGGCUUCCGUCGGAGCAAUCAUAACGCUGCUUUCGCUCGGUAUGGAUCCUUUCAUCCAGCAAGUCAUAUCCUAUGAUGCAGUCACCUUCAACGAUACAACUGCAAAGGCAUAUCUGAGCACAGCUCAAGCAUAUGAUACCGGGCUGGGCUACAGAACGCACUUGACUGGGCCGGAUGGUGGCUUGCAGGCCUCUUCCAUCAGAAUGGGUGAGUGCAACAUGUCUAUUGGCAGCGCAGUGCCCCACAAUUUAACAACUGUGUAG